AUGCUCCAAGUUGUUACCAAGCACAACUACUCAUGCAAGGAGAUUUCAGCUAUGGAAAGUGGCCAGUCGAUGAACUUGGGGACUCCCCUUGCGCGUGUGAAAUUUCAUCCUGGACAAACCUCCAGUGGAUUGGAUUCUGGCAUUUCUCUGAUGACCAUACACCACGCUCUUUUUGAUGGAUGGUCAUAUCUGCAGCUGCUUGAGGAUCUCCAGCAAAUCUACAGCGGAGACAGACUGCCACCACGCCCUGCCUUCAAUCUUGUCAUUGAUUACAUCUCUAAGUUGAGCAUUGAGGAGGAUCGCUUUUUUUGGAGUCAAGAGUUCAUUAAUGUCCAAGCAAAAAGGUUCCCUGUCUUUCCCCGGCGGCCGCUCGUUGAGCCAAACUGGCAGAUCAGAAGCCAGCAAGUUGCCCUAGCCAAGUCAGAUAUGAACUGGGCCCUUGCCAAUAAAAUCAAAUUGGCAUGGGCUCUUGUGAUCUCUUCUCAGACUUCCUCGAAUGAUGUGAUUUACGGCUUGACAGUCUCCGGCCGAAAUGUUCCAGUUCCAGAGAUAAAUCGUAUUGCUGGGCCAACUUUUGCAACAUUCCCUUUCCGCACGCAGCUUGAUGACGACAUAUCGGUGGAAGAUAUGCUGAUUCAAGUUGCUUGGCGCGGGAGGCUGCUCAACGUCGCUAUGCUGACUCCUUCAGUGGCACGAACCCUAUCGCCAGUCGUAGUCCCUUGCCUCCAAACCCUGAUCCUCGGAGGGGAGCCACCUUCAGUCUCUGAUCUGGCGAUGUGGGCCUCGCGAGUCCAGCUACAUCAAUCCUACGGACCGGCUGAGUGCGCUAUGUACACGACCACUACAACGCCCUUGACUCCUAACUCCGAUGUGAGCAAUGCCGGAUCUUCUCCAAAUGCAUCUAACUGGAUUGUUGAUCCCGAAAACCAUGAUGAGCUUCAGCUUAUCGGCUCGACUGGAGAUCUCGCUGUCUUGAACGCCGUAGGGUCUUUGACUUUGGUCGGCCGAAAGGAUACACAGGUCAAGCUCAUUGGGCAGCGGAUUGAGUUGCACGAGAUUGAGCAUUGUGCCGAGAGAUACCAACAUGAUACUGCAGUUAUUGCAGAAUUGAUCAAAUCAGCCGGCAUCCGGAGACCAAGACUUUUCAUGUUCGUCCAUGAUCCUGCGACGGUAGAAAUGACGGCGGGCAUCAACUCCGCUUGUCAUGGCCAUCGGGAGUUGUUUUUCUCGCCGCAUAGACCAAAUCAAGAAUCCCUUGAGGGUUUAAAACGCCAUCUGAAUCGUCAACUUCCACCCUAUAUGAUACCUUCAUUUUUUAUUUCGCUAUCCCGUCUGCCACUAAGCCCCAGUGGAAAGGCUGACCGCAAGGCACUACGCCAGAUUGCAUCAGAAAUGGAUAGAGAGACAUUGCAGAUAUAUCUAGUUAAUCUAAUGGCAGAGAAAAGGGAACCAACUACAGAACAAGAGCGAUUUGUCCGCGCAAAUUUUGCCACAGCCCUAUCAUUAGAUGAGGAGGCCAUUGGAACAGACGAUCACUUCUUCGCUCUGGGAGGCGAUUCCAUCACUGCCAUGCGAGUUCUCACUUUGUGUCGGAGAAGAAAUUUGGCAAUCUCGGUGCAGGACUUCCUCUCAAAGAAUACUCUAUCCUUGUUUUGCACACAUAUGAUGGUGGUCCAAGGUCAGACCGUUGAUUCCAAACGUCAGAAACUCCUGAGUUCACAAGACCCGACUCGACGGGGAGAUCAUCUUUGA